UGUUCUGUUUCCUGCACCAGGCUAGAGACAAGUUGAGAGCGAGAAAGAGGGUUUGCUCGCUGUCCUCUCUGAAAGAAAGGAAAUUGACGGUAAAGUUACAAUUUAGUACGACCAAAAUAAUAGUUAUUCAAUUGUAUAGAAGAUACGGAUUCACUUUUAAUUGCACAGACGAACAUUUUUACGUGUAGCCUAGACAGGCACACCGUAGGUUUUUGCAACGAAGAGGCAGAAGGGAAAGAAGAAAGGCUAUCUACCCCUUCGUUUGAAACCCUUUAAGCUAACCUACCUCCAGGAUGUCGGAGCGAGGAGGGCUCCCGCGGACUGGAGGUGCCCCCUCCCCGCACUUGCAACCCUCCAAACCGGUCACGAUCACCUCGAAUCGCCCUGUCCACAUGAACCUAUACGCUACCUGGGAAGUGGACCGCUCUUCACCAAGCUGUGUUCCGAGGCUGUUCAACCUGACCCUGAAAAAGCUGAUCAUGCUGAAGGAGCUGGACAAAGACCUGACGUCUGUGGUCAUCGCUGUCAAACUACAGGGUUCUAAGCGUAUCCUGAGGUCCAAUGAGAUCUUGUUGUCUUCAGCGGGACUGACAGAGACAGACCUUCAGCUCACCUUCUCUCUACAGUACCCCCACUUCCUGAAGAGAGACGCCAACAAGCUUCAGAUCAUGCUGCAGCGUCGCAAACGCUAUAAGAACCGAACCAUCCUGGGCUACAAGACCCUGGCUCUGGGUCACAUCAACAUGGCUGAGGUGAUGCAGCAUCCCAGUGAGGGGGCCCAGGUGUUGGGGCUCCACAGCCAGUUGAAGGAGGCCUCAGUGCUCGUGGCGGAGGUCAGGGUCUACUCCCUCUCCAGCCAGCCCAUUGACCACGAGGGACCCAAGGCCAAGAUGUCUGAUCGUUCUCCAGACAUUGAUAACUAUUCUGAGGAAGAGGAGGAGAGCUUCUCAUCAGAACAGGAGGGCAGUGACGACCCGAUCCACGGCCAGUAUCUGUAUGAUGAAGAGGAUGAGGUGAGGAAGAAGAAGCCCAGACGGAAGCUCACCUCUAAUGCUUCCAUCACUAGACAACCAAACAUCAAGCAGAAGUUUGUGGCCCUGCUGAAAAGGUUCAAGGUUUCUGAUGAGGUGGGUUUUGGUCUGGAGCACGUCUCUAGUGAACAGAUCCAGGAAGUGGAGGAGGAUUUAGAUGAGCUCUAUGACAGCCUGGAGAUGUACAACCCCUCUGACAGCGGACCUGAGAUGGAAGAGACGGACAGCAUCCUCAGCACACCCAAACCUAAACUGAGGCCGUUCUUUGAGGGAAUGUCCCAGUCCAGCUCUCAGACGGAAAUCACCAGCCUGAACAGCAGAGGAGGGAGCCUGGGACGAGACGCCUGCUUCAGCCCUCAGGGGGAGCAGCGGCCUGUGGAGAUGAAACACUCACGCAGUCGCAACCUGGAGGCGGAGACCCUCUCUGAGACGGACACGCUGGAGUUGACGGAUCAGGAGAUGUUUCCGGAGGGCCCCUGUAUUACGGUGUCGGGGGCUGAGAAACCCCGUACACCCCUGAAGAGCAGCAAGAGUGGAGGAGGACAGACCAUGCCCUCCCCCAGGCUGGACGGCAGGGGUCCCACCCCCAAACAGAAGAGACAGAGCAGUACUCCUCUGAAAGAGAGACAGCUGUCUAAACCAAUCAGUGAAGGGGGGAGGACCAACAGCUCCGACAGCGAGAGAUCCCCUGAACUGGGACACAGCUCACAGGUCCUGAGGAAGGCGGUGUAUGACCAGCUAAACCAGAUCCUUCUGUCUGACGCGGCUCUGCCUGAGAGUCUCAUCCUGGUCAAUGGCACCGACUGGCAGGGCCAGUACGUGGGAGAGCAGCUGCAGGUACAGAGGCACCCGGUGGUGUGUACGUGUUCAGGAGCUGAGAUCCAGGCGGUGCUGUCUGCUGUCCUCACACGCAUCCAGAAGUUUUGUAACUGUAACUCGUCCAUGCCCAGGCCGGUCAAGGUGGCAGUGGUGGGUAGUCAGAGCUACCUUGGUGCCAUCCUGCAGUUCUUUGUCACACAGUUGGCAAGCAAGACCUCUGAUUGGCUCAACCACCUGAGGUUCCUGGUGGUGCCCCUGGGCUCUCAUCCUGUUGCUAAGCACCUGGGUGCCAUAGACAACCGUUACAGCUCUGCGUUCUUAGACGGGGCGUGGAGAGACAUGUUCAGCCGCUCUGAACCCCCACAGACAGACCUGUUGGAUGUGGCCGGUAGGAUCUCCCAGUACAUCAGUGGAGCCACCGUCACACACCAGCUGCCCAUCGCUGAGGCCAUGCUUACCUGCAAACACAGGACGCACGAUGAAGAUUCCUACCAGAAGUUCAUUCCUUUUAUUGGGUUGGUGAAGGUUGGUCUGAUUGAGCCAGACACUUCCUCUACAGGAGACACAGAAGAGGGCGUGGCAGUGAGCUUGGCUGUUCCCUCUACGUCCCCUCCCUCCCACGGCUCUCCCACCGGGCUGAUCAAAGAGGCUGCCACUCCCCCCUCCUCUCCUUCUAUGAGCAGUGUUCUCUCAGUACAGGGGAGCCCCAGUAUGUCCCAAGGUGUGGACGCCAUUGGGUUGCAGGUGGACUACUGGCUGGCGUCGCUGGCGGAGAAGCGCCGAGAGGGCGAGAGGCGUGACACAGGUUGUAAGAACACCCUGAAGAGUGCCUUCAGGUCCCUGCAGGUCAGCAGGCUACCAGGAGGGGGCAGCAGUGAGACACAGGCCCAGGUCAACACCAUGGCCAUGACUGUGGUCACCAAGGAGAAGAACAAGAAGGUUCCCACCAUAUUCCUGGGUAAGAAGCCGAAGGAGAAAGAUGUCGACUCUAAGAGCCAGGUCAUUGAGGGUAUCAGCAGACUCAUCUGUUCUGCCAAGCAGCAUCAAACCAUCCUGAAAGUGUCCAUAGACGGAGUGGAGUGGAAUGACGUCAAGUUCUUCCAGCUGGCUGCACAGUGGCCCACCCAUGUCAAGUAUCUCCCUGUUGGACUGUUUGGUUACAACAAACCCCCCUCCUAGGGUCCACCCUUUACGCCCCGCCCAAUCCCGUCCCACCUACGCACACAGACCCCGCCUCUCGGAACGCCGUGGCCACUAAUAUUUGUCAAUUACGAUGAAGGGUUGAGGGGCCGAAUGUAUUUGCUAUGUUUGUCUUAUUUAUCUAUAGCAGGGAGGGAGAGAUGGGUUGGAUAUGGGGUGCAACGCUACUAGUCACUUUAAUGAAUUGAAAUGGCCCUCUCUCUGUCUAGCGUGUGUGUAUGAGGGGCCCACAGCACAAGAUAACGGACUGCCGUUCAACUAAUCCUAACGAUGAGAUGCACCCGCAUGAAUAACUCCCAUUACGAGCCCUGACCCUUGACCCCUGACAUCUGGACCCUUUAACCCUUAACUUUUAACCCUGACCAGGUAGUUCUCUUAUCACCUUGAACCUGCCCCGGUGUCACCAAAGGCCAACCUGCAUGCUGUACACUACACCACCACGUGCCAGUUAUAACAAGAGUAUCAUAUUAUGACAUGUUAUAACAGUAAUGCCAUGGUUAUUAUGGGGUAUGGAGGGGAACUUGGGAUCCAAACUGUACAUGUGCAUGAAAUGGAAUGAACAACAGACAACACCUACAGUAGCAAUGCUUUUUCUGCUCCCUAAUGACAUAAAUGCUUUUUUGCCUCACCAAUGAUGUACAGUAAGUUGACAUGUUAUGCAUAUGAAGAGCAGAACAUAUAAGAAAAGGCUCUAGUGUUUCUUGUAACGACAUUUGAACUCUCUGUGUACAGCGAGGGCGCCGACUUAAGAGCUCACUGUUUGCCCCAACUUUACUGAGAAGAGGCAAUAUUUCUGCUGUCUGUAAGGCUUGUCCCUUUAUCAAUCUGUUGUUGUUGUCAGCGUUGCUCUCUUGAUGCACACUCCAAUGUAUAGUCCUCCUUCUGCUUGUGGACGUACAGUAUAUCACCUGUGUGGGGCUGUUGCAUUCUGGGAAUUGUAGGCUGAGGCUUGUGCUGAGGUUAAAUUGGGGGACAGGAGCUGUGACCGUCAUCUUCAUCUUUUGCGAUGCACUUCCAAUAACUCCUCCCCCAGCGCUAUAGUAGCUAGGUAUCCUACUCCAAAGCACAAUGUCGCACGCUACUAGUGAAUUUUUAUCCCUGUCUUUACCUGUCAAGGGUUGCAAAAUUCCAGCAACUUUCCCAAAAUUACCAAGUUUUCCAAAAAUCCUAGUUGGAAGGUUUCUGGGAAUUAGGAGGGAAUAAGUAGGAAAUCCGGAAUCUCCCGACCUGGAUUUCUGGAAAACAUGCAUUUUCCAGCCCUGCCUGUGAUAGACGGGCAGCGUUCACUCCACUGAAAUGGUUGGUGUGUUUUGUCUAGGGUGUUGUGAGGUGGCCAGUGUCCAGUGACAGGUGUGUUAUUAUGUAAUGUGGUAAAACGAAAAACAAUAUUGAAAUAUCUAUGAAACCAGUUUUAUAAGUAACCCACGCGACACAGUAUGAUUGUUUUGUGUGUGGCCACGUGUUUGUGUCCCAGAUGUGGUCAAUAUCGCUUUAUGAGUUCUGUAGGCUGCGGUAUCAGCGGCCAGACGUUUGCCUUGUAGACUGACACAAAGAUAGGUGACACCAAAUUACCUUUUAAGAGCUACCAACAGCUCUGGUGCUUUUAAGAAAAACUGAAGACAAAUCAUUUGUAUCCAAAGAAUUUGACUUAAAUCAUUGAUUUUCAAUUUAGUAGCAAAGUCUAUGGUCUAUAAUGUACCUUCAAAUUAGUACAUUUUGAGUGAAAUGGCAAUGUGUUGUAAGCAAAACACUAGUCCUCUUGCGGUCUAAAAUGAAAGCUAGCGAGUGUUGAGUAGCUUAGCCUUGUGUCACCUACAAAGUAACCUUCCCCAUCUGUGCGGAGUGAAGAAUUGUGACAUAUCAAGUAUUACAAUGCCAAUGUCUCGAUUUUUGCUGUUAUUAUUAUGAUUUUUGGGGUAACUUAGAGGUAGGUUUUUCAGCUUAGGUGUAACAGUUUUAAAAGUUGUUGACGUCAUCACCUUGUGUAACUCAAAUCUGUCCCUGUUCUCUUUGGGGGGGGGGGGCUUGUACAAAGGAAGGUUUUUGCACCAAGGGCUUCAAACUGAUUGAGCGCAUAAGUACACAGCUAUGCAUGUUCCACAAAUAAGUCUGAAUGAUAGAAUGUACGGAUCUCAAACAACAAGGAUGUACUUCAAAAAAUCAUUAGAGAUAUCAUCUGAACUUAAUUUGAAUGUGCAGAUAAUAUUCAUUGUUAGUUUCUAUUAUCUCUUCUCAGUCUUGUCGACUGUCGACAAAAAGCUUUAUUGUUUAGUAAACAUACAUUUUGGAAGUUUUAACACCAUUUUAUCAGUCCAGAAUAGGGUUGCAAAGGGAGGGUAUAUUACUGGAAACUUUCUAAGUUUGCCAGUAAACUACCACCAUUUUUGUAACAUUCAAGGAUUUUAUGUAAUUUAUCACAUCUAGUGGUAAAUCAUCAAAUAAGAUGAUUUAAAAAAAAAAAAAAAAAAAAAAAAAAAAAAAAAA